UUACCCUAUUAUAGCCCUUGAGUAUCUGAGAUAUCAUCGUAGCUAGAUAAUACUGUUUUUGGCGUUUUGUUUAAUCUUAACGCUACCGACUCAAUUGGCUAUAAUCGAGAGACCAGUUUACUGGAAUCUGUAUCUCUGACUAAGGCAGCAGGAGACCAUCACUCUUUCCAAGAAAGCUAAGAAAAGUGCUUGCUCAAUCUAAAGCCCCCAAAACAAAAGAAAUAAAUUAUAUGUAUAGAGCUUCGAGUCCUUUGAAAUCCCAAAAUCUGAAAACCCUAAAUCUGGUAUCUCUUGUCAACCUCUCUCUCUCUCUCUCAAUGCAUAACGUGAACAGCUACUCUCCCGGGGAACUACCCGACGGCAUGGAAAACGCACCGCCGUACCCUAGCGGUGGCUUCCCGUUCUCUUCCGGGAAUUUCGUCUAUUACGCAGACUCGGUGGUCUCUUCCGCGAGAUUCGGCGAGUACGCAUACCCGGCGGGUUCUUAUUCUGGGUUAAAGUUCAGCUUUACGAGAGGACAACAGUGUUGGGUUAUUGGUGUUGAUGGAUUCGAGACCUCCCUUCCUGCGGAUGAUAUCAAGAAGGCGUUGAAGGAUCACUUCCGUUCAUGUGGAGUUAUCCUUAAUGUUGAAUUGCCCGGACUCAACAAUCCUGCUUCUGUUAUUAUCGUCGGAGAUGACGCAAAUGACAAGGCCUUGGAACUUAACGGAAGUGGAGUGGGAGGACGGAAGCUAGUUGUUACUGCUGAGGUUUGGCCAAUGGUGAAAAUAUCGGAUGGUCCUGUUUGUUUCUGCUAAUCAGAUGACGGAGGACUAGAAAGCUUCUUCUUAGACGAAGCUCAGCAUCUCUGCUCUUUGGUGUUUUUAGAUCGUGAUACAAUGCAUAUAUUAAUCGUCAACCGCACAUAUAUAUAUUUUGCAUAUAUCCGCUUAUAUUACUAAUUAAUUAUUUGAGAACAUAACAAAACA